UUGUUUUCGCGUGCGUGGUUGCGUCAGAAGGGCGGCCGCGCGGGUGAUCUGGUUCCCGCCAUCUGCCCUUUUUAGUAAGCGAAAGGGAGGCCGGGUUGGGUCAGGCCGAAUCUAGGCCGGUGCGUGGCUGCUGAGGGGGGGAAGGCAGCGGCAGGGAGAAGAGCUCGCAGCAGCGUGGCGGGAAAGUGGAUCCUCCCUCCGCCGCCGCCAUCAUCCUAAUCAAUUUGCAUUUAAAACAUAAAACUGCUUUAAAAACUACAUGAAAACAUGGCUCCACUGAAGUUACAUGGACCCAUUCGCAUGCGCAGCCUACAAACUGGGACCACAAAAUGGAAAGAAGGGACGUUUGAAGUUGUGGAUAGUGAUAGCAAAGUGACUCUGGUGGUUCGCUACAGUACUGGAGGAAUUCCAAAGAUAUUUCAGCUAAACCAUAAUAUUAAAAAUGUAGUGGUACGACCAAAUAGAGGGAAAUUAAGUUGCUUGAUGGUAACACUGAAGGAUUCCAGUUUCUUGACAGUGGAUAAAAUACCAUCAAAAGAUGCAGAUGAAAUGAAGCUGUAUUUGGAGGCUGUUCAAAAUGGGUUUCAUGCAGGUGCAAAACCUACCCAAGGAUCCAGCAGUUUUGGAGGUAUCUUGGGUAAUAGAACCACGCAGAAGGAUUCUAACAGGCAGCUUCAGUACAUUGAGAACCAGACGCCUCCCAAAAAGGGAAUUGCGGAAAAUAAAGAUGACGCUCCGCUUCGUAAGGUGCUUGCCAGCCCAGGAAGAGCAUCCAUGAAGAAUUCUGUGGGAACUGGAAUGUCUGGCAACAGGGUUAACAUGGUGGUCACUCCUGCUACUUCAACACCUCACAGGAGUGGAUUGUUGGAAAAUCGUGAAAGAAGGAAAAGGAUACAGCCUGCUUCAGAAAUGAAUGAAGAUUACCCUAAAGAGAAUGAUUCAUCAAGCAAUAACAAAGUUAUGACUGAUCCAGCACGGAAGUUUUUAUGUAGCAGCAGAGAAAAGCAGCUGAACUUGAAACAGGCUGAGGAGAACAGAACAUCAGGGGUUUUGCCUUUACAGACCUCCUCGUUUUACGGUGGUAGAUCAUCCACAAAGGACUAUUCAGCCAGCAAUUCUAAUCUGGACAGAUCAAAUGUGUUGAAUCAGACUUCUUCUGCCAAAAGAAGCUUGGGGUUUCUCUCUCAGCCAGCCCCUCUUUCUGUUAAAAAAAUGAGAUUGAAUCAUGAUUAUAUGGGGUGGAAUAAACCACGAGUCCUCCUUUCCACUCACCCGCAACAGCAGCUGCAAGGAUUUACAAACCUGGGAAAUACCUGUUAUAUGAACGCUAUUUUACAGUCUCUGUUUUCAAUUCAGUCAUUUGCGAAUGAUCUUUUGAAGCAAAAUAUCCCAUGGAAAAAAAUUCCGGUCAAUGCACUUAUCAGACGCUUUGCUCAUCUGCUUGCUAAAAAGGAUGUUUGUAGCCCUGAGGUAAAGAAAGAUUUACUCAAGAAGGUAAAAAAUGCCAUUUCAGCCACUGCAGAGAGAUUCUCUGGUUACAUGCAAAAUGAUGCCCAUGAAUUUUUAAGUCAGUGCUUGGAUCAACUGAAGGAAGACAUGGAGAAGCUGAACAAGACGUGGAAGAGUGAGCCAGUUUCUAGUGAAGACAGCUCAGCAGGACGAAUGUCCGACGACUUAACAGCUGCCAAAGUUUAUACUUGUCCAGUUGUUACAAACCUGGAGUUUGAGGUUCAGCAUUCUAUCAUAUGUAAAAUGUGUGGUGAGACAGUCACCAAACGGGAACAGUUUAAUGACCUUUCCAUUGACUUGCCACGAAGGAAAAAACUUCUUCCAUCUCGCUCAAUCCAGGAUUCAUUGGAUCUCUUUUUCAGGGCAGAAGAGAUAGAAUAUUCCUGUGAGAAGUGCAAUGGGAAAUCUGCUCUUGUUACACACAAAUUCAGUAGGUUUCCCAGGGUCUUGAUUCUUCAUCUGAAACGAUACAGCUUCAAUGUAGCACUCUCUCUUAACCACAAAGUUGGGCAGCAAGUGAUUAUACCAAGAUUUUUAACCCUACAGUCUCACUGUACAGAAAGCACAAGGCCCCCGUUUAUUCUUGGCUGGAGUGCACACUCUGCAAUUUCUCGGCCACUGAAAGUAUCCCAGAUGGUGAAUUCCUGUUCUAUAACCACUUCCACACCCUGUCGGAAGUAUUCAUUCAAGUUUAAAGGCCCCGUUCUAAAUUCUUUGGAUUCAGACAGUGAAGACGAACCAUUGAAACGGCCUGUUGCAAACAUCCAAAAACAGUGUGAUGUUCCAUUCAGGGAACAGCAGCGAGAGGAACCAGAGAAAGGUUCAAAGAAAGUUAAAACAGAGAAUGAUAAAACUUCAGAGCUGGUGAAUGCUGAGUUGGAUGGAAUAAAUGAGGAUGAGCUUUUUGCUGCAGUCCUGGAAAUUAGUAAGAGGGAAGCAUCACUGUCACUGAGCCAUGACGAAGACAAACCAACAAAUAGUCCGGAUACUGGCUUUGGAGAUGAUGAAAUGCAGGAGUUGCCAGAGAAUCUGGAACCUAUGGAUGUUGAAAAGCCUAAAGCAGCUACAGACUCAGGAUUUGCCAACUUCACUGAGAUAACUAAAGAUUUUGAUGAGAACAAGGAAAAUAAAACUCCGGAAGGUACUCAGGGGGAGGUCGAUUGGCUGCAGCAAUAUGACAUGGAGCGAGAGAGAGAGGAACAGGAACUCCAGCAGGCUUUAGCUCAGAGCCUCCAAGAACAAGAGGCACGGGAACAAAAAGAAGAUGAUGACCUUAAGAGAGCCACUGAAUUAAGUCUGCAAGAAUUUAACAGCUCUCUUCUGGACAGCAUUGGCUCUGAUGAGGACUCUGGGAAUGAGGAUGUCUUAGAUUUGGAGUACUCAGAAGCAGAGGCUGAAGAACUGAAAAGAAAUGCUGAGACAGGAGAGCUUCCUAAUUCCUAUCGCCUUAUUAGUAUUGUCAGCCAUAUUGGAGAUUCAUCCUCCUCAGGUCACUAUAUUAGUGAUGUAUAUGACAACCGCAAACAGGCAUGGUUCACAUACAAUGACCUGGAAGUAUCCAGAACUCAAGAAGCUUCUGUGCAGAGUGACAGGGACCGGAGUGGUUACAUUUUCUUUUAUAUGCACAAGGAGAUAUUUGAUGAAUUGCUAGAAACAGAAAAGAGUAUGCAGCUGCCUUGCACAGAGUUGGGAAAGCCGGUUCGGCAGCCCCAGUGAAGAAUGUCUCCUCUUUCCUGAGCACAAAGGAUUCUGAACUUGCAGGAGCCACAGACCCCCAAAACUCAGGUAGAGCUGAGACAAACGCAUUGGAAUAGGAGGAAUGGACUGUUUCGCACCUGUGCAGUCUUAAGCUGCUGUUACCCACUUCCUCGCUGGGGGACUUUUUCUCAUUUUCUUUUUAAGUAACUGCCAGCAGUGGAAUUAAUCAGGCUGGGCAACUUCUUCAGAAACCCAUCAAGGGAUAGCGUGAGAAGAGACUGCAAAUUCAUACAUUCUUCUACAACCAGGGGACAGAGUAUAUGCCACAUAAUGUGGCUCUCUCCCUCUUUACCACAAAAGAGCAAAAACAGCAAUAGCAAGUGAUCUGCCAUGCAUUAAUUGGAAAGCUGAGAUGGUUGACUUCCUGCGUCCAUCUGCCUUCUUAGACGGGGUGAUCAGGCACUGCUAAAACAGAUGAACUUUUGACAUCCAGGGAUUAGUAAAUACAGCGUCAUACAGGUCCAGAAAGCGUUGGUGCUCAGGAACACGUUGCAUAAGUCAUUUUUACCCAGAUCGUCAUCCUUGUUUAAAAACGAUAUCUAUAUAUCUCUCUCUAUAUAUAUAUAUAUAUAUUUUAACUUGAAAAGUUUUUAUUCUUUAUGACUGCAUUCUUUUCUAAGUAUUGCCAUUUGCAGGACAACUUUAUUUCUGAGUUUGUGUGAGUGUAGAUAUAUAUAUAUUUAUAUAUAGCUGUGUUUCACUGAAGACUGUCCCGGUUGGGCCGAGACAGAGGCAGCUAAUAACGGGAAGCACAAGUUGUAGCCUUUGGAGGUCCUUUUUGGACUACCUACAGCCGGCGCUAAUCAGCAAAUGGAAUAUGAACAACAGUUCCACAUUCCCUGUGUUUAUGCAGCCUUGAGCCUGAAAUAACUGCAUGGGUUCUAGGGGUGGAGGGUUUCUUUUGCAAGAGUGGUGUGUUGAACAAGAUUAAAAUGCUGAUGGGAAAAAUGUUAAAAUAUACCUGGCUUUAUUUUAUUUGUGUGAUAGAGUUAAACCAGUUGGAGGCGGGGGAAAUCAAACAUUCUCAAACUGUUAUAUAUUCAUAAGACGUUUUGUUCUUUCUUUAGAAAUUUCAUGACCCUCAGUAGUUUUGGAUAGCAAGGUUUUGUUAUCCAAAAUAUGUUUGGAUAAUGUGAUGGUCAUUUUUAGCUGGUUUGGACAAAAGGGAAGAAGAAAAAAUUAUUCAGGAUUAAAUUCUCAUUUUAGUUCUGGACAUGAGUGUUACCUUGCAUUUUGUGUUUGUUUUUUAAAUUUGCAAUGAAAUUGCUAAUAAUGUAGGUGCUUUUUGGUUUUGCUCCUAGCUCAGGGUUUUCCUUUGAAAAGGAUGUUAACCAGUGUUGAGAAUUUGGAGGGUUUUUUCACUUAUUUGCGGGGAGAUGUAUAUUUUAUGACAAUUAAAGACUUUCUAAGAAAUAAAAUCUGGGAUUCAAAGGCACAGACCCAUGGAAGCUACCAGACAACAGGCUUUACCUGUUGGAGAACGGUUUUCUUGCCAUACUUAUAGAAUGAUUGGCUCUGUUAAGCAAGCCUACAUGGUCCCUGCUAUGUGCAGAUACCUUAAUUAGUUGAUCUGUUAAUUAGUUGGCCUGUUAAACAAGGCAAAAUUUCCACAAUCACACUCCCAGCAGUAGAUUGGACUAAUUUAAUCUGACAUUAGAUAUAUUGUUGCUGUUGGUAGUCAGUUACUUUUCAUUUUAGCAAAGGGAUUUUCUUUCAGUGAAAAAGAGAAUCUCAAAAUUAUGCUCAUGAUCCUGGUAUAGAGGUGCUUUUCUUUCUAGCAUACAAAUGCUGUAAUUAAAUGGUUAUAUUUAAGUAACUGCACCAUAUUUGAUCAAUGUUGAGGACAAAAUAAGUCAUAUUCAAAGGCAGAACAUCCUAGAGCGAUGUCUGCAUUUCAGAUGUCUAGUACAGCUGUUUGUUUCUUCAAGAGUUUUCUGGAGGGACAACUUAACGCUUCUUCUAAUGGAAGCAUGGUUCGUUAGAAAUUGCAUCUGACAAGCCUUUAUAACAAGCAACACUGAAUACUGCACUGAAAACAGUGUUCUCAAUCAGUUUUUUUUCUGUAAUGUGAAAAGCAAUGGCAAAGAAGGAAUUAGUGCUUUUUUUUCAGAGAUACGAGGAUUUAAGUUUACAGUGUUCUGUAUUUCAUGGUCUGAAUUCAAAAUCUGUGGGAUAUGGUUCACCAGACGGCAUCUCUUUACCACGCUUAUCUCAUUCAGUGGUUUGACACGGUGAAGCUCUUGCAGUUUUUGUAUAGCCAUUCAUCUGCAUCUAAAACCAAAUAUUAAGGCAGGUGGUUUUUAACACCUCUUAUUAUAGAUACUUUUGAGAAAUUUACAGAAGUGUUGACUGCCUCAGGGAACCCUGGUAGCUGGUGUUAUUUAGGAUACUGUAGUCUAUUGAAGAUUAUAUAGAGUUUUCUUUUAGAGUUUAGAGCAGUGUGCUCUGAAACAUCCUUGUACAUCUUCUCAAGGGCACUGUUUGUAGUUUCUGAAGAACGUAAUAACUAAGUAUCCGUCUCCCCAACAGCACAUCUAGUUUGAGCCAUCACAUUAUAAGGUUGAAUUUCUUCAUUGGUCUUACUGUGCUGUAUUUACUUUCUGGUAAAGAGAAAUAGUCAUAUGUGUGUUUGUGCUAAGUAACUAAAUUCUCCAUCACUGUUGUCCUCCAGAUUCUGUACAUACAUGAAGGCGGCUCAGGCUAGCUUGAUAAACAAAACCUCGGAAAUCAUCAAGCAUCUAUUUUCUGCAAAAAGCCAUGAGCCUAUAAACCCUUAUGGCACUUCUAGACACACAGUUAUAUAGCACUGGACAUCAUUGUUCCACUCAAAGUUCAGUCUAUGCAUUACAUUUUCUUUGUCCCAACUGGAACCUGAGUUUUGAGUAUCCCAUAAGAUCAAGGCAUAAAGCUUAGGGACGACAACACUGUAGUAAUUAUGUGUUGCAGAAUCUUUAAGAUCCUGAAUAGGUUAAUAAAAAGCUGUUUGCAUGGCAACUAAGUCCAGGACAAAGUAGUUAUCUAGCGUUAAAUGAAUUAAUAUUGCACUCCAAAUUCAUGGAUGCUUAUCUGAUGCCAGUAACAGGAGUUUUGGGAUAAGAUUUGGAGAGAUUAAAGUUUUCUGGAAAAUAAUAGGCAUGUUUUUAAAUCACUGAAGCAUAUGAGUUGAAUUGCCUAAGGAUGAAAGUUGGGUGAGGGAGGGUCAGCCUCCAAAGUCAGCCUCCUACACUCUCUUGUUUCCCAAGUGACUUAUUUGUAAAAAUGGGGGGAGGGUGUGAAUGAGCUGGAUGGAAUGUUUCUGGACAUGUGUGUUGAAAGAAGAUGCCAUGGUAUUUAUAUCAGUCACCUUGUGUCUCUUGACACUAAAUGUGGAGCAGCACUUUUCUGUGUUAUAGCAGAUAUGUUCUUAUGUAUUCUUUACAAUUCUGCCUUUUUUUUCUUUAAAUGAUGUGUAGAUAGAUUUCAGAGAAAUUAAACACUGUUUAUAAACA